AUGACCUUCAUCAAAGGGAAUGUAUGUGCAAGUGCCUUACGAUGGGAUGGUUUACCAAUUGAAACAGUAAUAAAUACAAAAACUCAAUCGAAUCAUCAGCCAAUUACUAUCUGUUAUUAUUUUGAUAAAAAUCUUAAUAAAAAAUAUCAAAAAUCAGUUCUGGAUGCCAUACAUGACAUAGAAGAAGCUGCACCAGGCAUUCAGUUCAGCUAUAGCGAGACAGCAUCGAAUCGUAUUCGGAUUUUCUAUGGAUCAAACAGUCGAUCUUCCAUUGGGAUGACACGAGGCCAACAAGAUCUGGAGCUGGGAUGGAACACCAAGGGUAAUGUACUACACGAAUUACUGCAUGCAUUGGGAUUCGCACACGAACACCAACGCGAAGAUCGUGAUCAAUACGUUCAAUGUCUAAGCGAAGAUAGCAACGACUAUGAUAUAAUGGGUAUGCCAAUUGGUAGAUACGAUGCUGAUUCUAUCAUGCACUACUCUACUGAGAAAGGCACAAUCCUUAAUCGUAUUCUCUGGGCAUCUCAUAACGAUAAACGUCUAAGUAAUGGUGAUAAAAUUGCCCUCAAUACAUUGUAUCCACCUGCAAUUCGGAAUGGCACAUGGAACCCAAAACAAGGUACUACUGGUUUAUUCUAUUGUGGAAAGCAUAAUAUGGAAGACAAUAAUGCACCAUUUGGUAGGAUUGGUGUAGAUGGUUAUUGUGGUCCUGACAACGGCCCGAAUUGUCCCAUUUGCCGAACUUAUGGUGGUAUACAAUCAAGGUAUAAUGAUGAGGGAAGAAAGGCAACACAAGGAGAAACAGGUUUAUUUUAUUGCGGCACAAAAUUUGUACCAAAACAAGCAAAAGAACGAAAAUAUCAUGAUGGUUUUUGUGGGCCCAAUAACGGUCCUAAUUGUGAAUCUUGUUCGAAAUUACUUGAUUAA